GCUGCCAUGGCGGGGCUUACUCUACGCCUGCUCCUCCUGCUCUGUGUCGCCGCGGGACCCGUGCUGGGCUGGGACCGACCAGGGAAGGUUCUGCUGCGGGAUGUUCAGGCGCUCACUCUCCACAGAGGGCAAUACACAACAUCCAGGCGGACAGCUGCGGUCCCUCAGCUGCAGUGCACAGGAGGCUCUGCGGGGUGUUCCCAUGUUCCUGAGGUGGUUCAGUGUUACAACAAAGGAUGGGAUGGCUAUGAUGUACAGUGGCAGUGCAGAGCAGACUUGGAAAAUGCCUACCGUUUUGGACAAAUGGAAGUGAGCUGUGAAGGCUACAAUUACCCACAUGAUCCUUACAUACUAAGAGGUUCUUGUAGUUUGCUGUUCAGUCUAGAGCUGACUGAAGAAGGUGAAAGGAAAGUGAAGAGCUCUGGAAGCUUUGGCUCUAGCUAUUACCAGUUAAGGAAAAAUUAUUCUGGUUCUGGAGCAAUUGUUGUAAUUGUUCUUCUUGUUCUUGGUUUUGGAGUAUACAAGUUAUUCCUCAGCAACCAACAGUCUCAGCAGAGUUCUGGGCACAGUGAUGGCUUCUCUCAGCCCUUCUGGCAGAGUCAGCAGGCGCCUCCUCCUCCUCCUGGUUUUAAGUCCGCCUUCACAGAUGACAACAGCUUUGGAACUCAUUCCCACCAUGGAACCAGUUCAGGACCAGGAUUUUGGACUGGAUUAGGAGCAGGAGGCUUGCUAGGCUACUUGGCAGGCAGUCACAGAUUUCAGGCCUGUGUCAUUCAAGUUAUAUCAUCCUACCACUGGAAGAAUUUUGAUCAGCUGUUUGUAGCUCUAUGACCAGAGACAUUUCAAACAUGUUUCUGAGGCAGAAUUGGAAAGACUGAGACCACAGCCAUGUUCCUCAUAUCACAGUAUGUGGACAGAUCCCACAGCUGUACCUCCUAUGCAUGGGCACUCAAGGAAUUCCACAGAAGGAAGCAGUUCAGGAACAAGAACUGCCUCUGG